UAUAAAAUAUUUAGAAGAAUCUCAUAAUAAAUUAACAAUUUAAAAACUAAGCGACAUAUUUUACAUCAGAGGAUCAUCAUGAUGAUAUUUAAUCUAUGCUCAAAUAACCUAACAGAUUAAUAAAUUGUCAUGUUUGCUAAGUAUUUUUAUAAUAUUUGCCUUUUUACUUAGUCAUUAAGUUAUUAGACGAUCAAUGUCUGUAAUUUCAAAUGUACUUUGAAAAAUCAUCAAUAAAACUUGGUGUUAAUUAUUAAUUUUGAUAAUUGAUAAAGCACACAAAAAUCUUUUUCAUAAAUAAACAUAUUGAGAGAGAUAAGUGAAAUGCUUUUUCAGAAAAUUUUUUAAAGUUGUAUAUUAAUUUAUUGAUAUCAUGGAUGAACGUUUACGUCAUUAUGUAGAUAUGUUGAAUGAAAAUGAGAUUUCUAUUCGGAAUAAUGCUGGAUGUGUAUUGUCAAAACUCUGUGAAAAGAUUUUACAUUUUCCCGAAGAAAAAAUUUAUCGUAUAAUUUAUCUCAAUGAUCCUGAUGUCGUAGAAAAGUUACUCCCAGCAAGUGGUGCCAUGGAAUGUUUAUUUGAAAUAGGUUUUAUAGAGGUACAGAAAGAUAUAAUAAAACAUAACUUUAAACUAAUUUAUAUAUUUUGUUAUAAAUUGAAUAAACAGGAUGGUGAUCGUCUUUGCCUUCCAAAGACUGCAUUACUCACAAGAUUGGAGACUUUACAGAAGUUACUAUCUUCAAUUGUUGAAUCGAAAUUAAACACUACAAAUUUGGAUCAGAGCCAAACUGUUGUAGAAGCAACAGAAUCUUCAAUAGAAUUAUCAACAGAAAACAAAUUUUUUAAUAGAAUUAUUAAACAGUUUUAUAGUGUUAUGCGAUAUGAAGAUCAUGACUUACAAGAGAAAGCUAGAAAAGUAAUACCAGUUGUGCAAUUGGAAAUCAAGACAAUGGAAAGAUUAAGAAAAUUUCAAAAAAACAUGAAACUUGCUGCACUUAAUAAAGAAAUGAAGUCAGACUCAGCUUUAAAAGAAGAUUUAGUAGGUUCACUAGAUUUAUUUUUAAUGGAACUUCUGCACUGGUUUAAAUAUGAUUUCUUUCAAUGGAUCGAUAGUCCAUUAUGUACUAGCUGUUCUAUGGAAUGUUCAUAUGAAAGUGUAAGACCUUCUUCAGAUCCAAGGUGUUCCCGUAUAGAAGUUCAUAGAUGUAAUUCUUGCAAUGCAAUAGCGGAAUUUCCGCGGUAUACAGAUCCAGAAGUAUUGUUAACUUCUAGAUGUGGACGUUGUGGGGAAUGGGCAAAUUUAUUCACACUUUUUUGUCGCUCACUAAAUUAUGACGCAAGACUUAUAUAUGAUGUAACAGAUCAUCUGUGGACAGAAAUAUGGUCUGUUACUGAAAAUAGAUGGAUUCAUGUAGAUCCAUGUGAAAAUAUAAUAGAUCAGCCAUUGAUGUAUGAACGUGGCUGGCAUAAAAAAUUAAGCUAUAUAUUAGCUUAUUCACGAGAUGAAGUUCAGGAUGUUACUUGGCGUUAUACGCGAAAUCAGAUUGAUGUAAUGGCAAGGAGAAAAAAAUGUUCAGAAGAAAAUUUAUUAAAUUUACUUCAAACAUUAAAUGAGGAACGUCAAAACUCUGUAAGUUACAGUAUGGCACGUAAACAAUAUGUUAUCAAACGGCGUCUCCAGGAGCUUGUAGGAAUGCUUAAUUUUCCAAACAUUUCAAACAAUGAUGACGAUAAUAAUUAUCACGGAAGAACAACAGGUUCUUAUGCAUGGAGAAUGGCACGAGGAGAAAUUGACCAGUGCAACGUAAAAAAAAAUUAUAUAUGGGAUAUUUCCAAAGGUGGCAAAUCAUUCAUUCUUCAAUAUUUUAUUGUUAGAAAUGUAUAUAAAGUUAUACAUUCUGAUGGCUAUAUCUUGGAACAGAAAUCUGAUUGGCAAGAGGGAGUAAAUAGUGUUGAAGGUGGCAUUUUUCAUAAAAUAGAAAAUGAUUGGAAGGUGGCAUAUUUAUCUCGUUCAGUAAAUGCUGAAUACGGAUACGUAAAAUGGUCGUUUGAAGUUCGAAACCCAGAUUUAUGUAUAGAGACAUUUAAAUUACAGGCAAAAACUAAAGUUUUUCAUGGUGCAAAUAUUUCUUGGGAAGUGGAAGGCUUCUUUCCUUCUAUAAAGAAAAAAAAUACUUCCAUAAUUAUUCCUAUUUGUACAUGCAAUGAUUUUGCUACAGAAAAAUUAAAAGGGACAACAAAAUUAAAUAUUACAGUAAAACUUUCUGGUGGGGAAGGUGACCUUGCUUGGCAACAUGCUCAAUUAUUUAGAGAAAGUUUAAAGAAUACUGAAGAACCAUCUAUGAUCGUUACUAUUAAACUCAAUAAUCAUAAAAAUUAAUGUUUGUUUAAAGUCAAUAAAAAAAAUUAACAAUAUGCCUGCAUAUGAUAGGUAAAAGUUCCUAUGUAUUAUGUUGUGCAUUCGAGAAUUUGAUUUUAUUGAUAGAGAUAAUUCUACAUUCCUUUAAGCUCAUUAAUAAAUUGAUUAUACAUGAAUAAAAUUACAUAGAAAUUUAUCUCGACUUAUAAACGAUUAAAAUUAAUUUGUUUCUCUUUUUGAUAUUUAACGCCAAAAGAAAUUAAUAUAAUUAAUACUUAUGUAUGCUUAUGACAUACAGGAAUUUAGAGAAGGAUUAAAUGAGGAAAUAGAAAAACAUUUUUAAAACAAAAUAUUUAGUAUAUUUUUAAUACAUAACACGUCGCGAAUAAAAUCGUCGACUAGAUAUUUAUUCCUUAAGGAACACGAUUAUUUAAAACUAUUCCUAUUAAUAUUUUAAUAAUGGUUAAGCAGUUCUCUAAUAUCUCUACAGAGAGAUGCAAAAUCUGGUCUCUUAUGACUAUGUAAGUGCCAACAUGGAUACAUAAGUUUGACGUAAAUUUGCUGCGGACAAGUUGGUGGACAAGGAAGCCUACUACCUCUUUCAAGAGCUGCUAAUAAUUCAGCACUUCCUUCUUCUAUACCUAUCUCAGAAUCACUGAUUUCAUUUGCACUUUUAUCUCUAACAUCUGAAACGAUACCCGGUAACUUUGGAUCUUUACCUAAGCCAAAUGUUUCAUACAUUGUUACACCAAACGACCAAACAUCUGAACGUGGUGAAAAUUUUCCAUCUCUUAAACUUUCUGGUGCAUACCUAUAAUAUAAUAAAAAUAAUUGUUUCAUUUACAAGAAAUAUUAUUAAUGAAAAAAAAAAAAAGAAAAAAAAAAAAAAAAAAAAAAACUUUUAAUAAUA